ACAUACAUUAGUUAUUGAAUUUAGUUAGUCACACUCCGAUAUUAAACGCAAGGAUCAUGUACAAUCCGGGAUAUCAAGUGGAUGUCAUCGAUCCGUACUAUCCACCGCCGGUGGAGGUUAUUGAAGUAGUACGCCAACCGGCCUAUCCACAGCCCGCCGUUGUCGUCGCCCAGCCUCAAACAAUCUACGUGGAGGAAAAUAAUGGUCCUACGAGAGAACAAAUGGAUUGCUGCCUUAUGCUGGGCGCCUGCUGUGUCAUGGAAGAGUGCGGCCUGUGCGUUAUAUCAUAAUCAAGAGUUAUGCUUGUUUAGAAAACAUGUGCAGCAAUUAAGUGUGUUUAAGAAAUUCUUAUUUAAAUAAAUAUAGUUGAAAAUUUAAGUGCUGGAUUAUGCCAUUAAUAAGCCCAUAUGUUAUUUCUCAAGUGCAAUUCCUGGAUACAACUUAUAUUAAUUUCUUUAAAUCUUGA